GUUGUCUAGAUUCUUUGUGCCAUUCUUGGCAUACCAAAAACAGACAAACUCUUCAUAUUUACGGACCGAAAUCCGUCCUAAUUUCGCGUAAACAAGCCGUGAAGGCGUUCAACUUCAUCUUUGGUAAGUCCGAACACUAAAGUUGCGAAUAUCUACUAACACAUCUUGUGCGUCUUUGGAGUCUGUAAUAAAUGUAUGGGUCACUGGGUAGUGUGGUGGCAACCGGCACCAUUACUUCGCCGUGGACUCCCGUAAGCGCCGGACCGACGGCUGCUGAUACUAACGGUUCCGGUUCAGAUACCAAAAAUCUCGAUGUUGGUGAUAUCAGCGAUGAUGAAAAGGAUUUGGCAGCAGCUGAUGCAGAAGGUGUCUGGAGUCCAGACAUUGAACAAAGCUUUCAAGAAGCAUUGGCUAUAUAUCCUCCAUGUGGACGACGAAAAAUUAUAUUGUCAGAUGAAGGAAAGAUGUAUGGACGAAAUGAGUUGAUAGCUCGAUAUAUUAAACUACGUACAGGCAAAACACGUACUCGAAAACAAGUCAGUUCACAUAUUCAAGUACUGGCAAGAAGAAAAUUACGCGAAAUACAAGCAAAACUGAAGGUAGUUGGACCACAACACCACCAGGAUCAUGCAGCAAAGGAGAAAGCCUUGCAGACAAUGUCAAGCAUGUCAAGUGCACAGAUCGUGUCCGCGGCAGCAGCAAUGCAUCCUGCUGCCGGUGGUAAAACCCAUCAUCAUGUCCACCAUAUGGCCCAUCAUCUUUCAGCUCAUCUUGCAACAUCCCCAAUUAGUAAUAAUCACCAUCAUCCUUAUCCCCCCACAGCUGUUGUUGCCCAAGCACCCCCGCAGUUCUGGCAACCUGGAUUACAACCCGGAACAUCACAAGAUGUUAAACCUUUCCCGCAAGGUGCUUACCCUGGAGGUAAACCGGCUACCGCAGUGUCGGCAGGUGAAGCCGGUGGUUUACAAGCACCUCCACCUCCACCAUGGGAAGGACGAUCCAUAGCAACACAUAAACUUCGCCUUGUUGAAUUUUCUGCCUUUAUGGAACAACAGCGUGAUCCAGAUACGUACCACAAACAUUUAUUCGUUCACAUAGGCGGAACACCUACAUAUACGGACGCAGUAUUAGAGGCUGUUGAUGUUCGGCAAAUAUAUGACAAAUUCCCGGAGAAGAAAGGUGGCCUAAAAGAACUAUACGAUAAAGGUCCUCAACAGGCGUUCUUUCUUGUUAAAUUUUGGGCAGAUCUUAAUACAAAUAUACAAGACGAAGCGGGUGCUUUUUACGGUGUUACAAGCCAAUACGAAAGUAAUGAAAAUAUGACAAUAACAUGUUCUACGAAAGUCUGUUCAUUUGGUAAACAAGUCGUAGAAAAAGUAGAAACAGAGUAUGCAAGAUUUGAAAAUGGACGAUUCGUGUAUCGUAUACAUCGUAGUCCGAUGUGUGAAUAUAUGAUUAAUUUCAUUCAUAAAUUGAAACAUUUACCUGAAAAGUACAUGAUGAACAGUGUACUCGAAAAUUUCACAAUACUUCAGGUUGUAAGUAACAGAGAUACACAAGAAACAUUGCUAUGUACAGCAUACGUUUUUGAAGUAUCAACGUCUGAACACGGUGCCCAACAUCACAUUUAUCGGCUUGUGAAGGAUUAGCAUCGUCAUCGUCUCCCCGUUAUAGAGUAGCAGACAAUCGACAUGUCGCUAACUCUUUAACUCUUUAACCCCGCCGCCCCUCUCACGUCAGUGCCUACACUAACACAAUAUUAGUAUUAUGAUUAGUUUUUACUACGAAAAUAAAAUAAAAAAAAUACAUAUUGAUAUAAAUGAUA